AUGACAGAUAGUCAUCAUAAUCUUCAGGGAGAAGCCAACAAUCCUGAAGAUGUAACUAAUAAAGAGAAAAAAGGGGUCCAUACUAUUACUAAACCCAAAAGAAAAUGUUUAGAAUGUGGUAAUCCUAACAUCAAGUACAAGUUUUGUAUGAUUUGUGAAAAGCAAUAUUUUAUACGAAAUUUCAGCCAAUGGACAAGUAAUCAUGUCGAAAUAGAUAAAUUUAUAAAAUAUACACAAACUAAUGCAGUAGCUCAAGUAGAAUUCUUUGAAUGGAUAAAGUGGAACGAAUUUGACCUUAUCGAGUAUGAAAACUCGGGAUUAUAUAGCACAGUUUAUUCGGCGUAUUGGAUUGACGGACCCAUUUUAUUGUGGGAGAAAACCAUGGACUGUUACAUAAGAAAUGGACCGAUCAAGAUAAGCAAAGAAGCGCCUAAAAGUUAUAACGAUCUUAUGCAACAAUGUUGGGAUCACGAUCCUUCAAAAAGACCAACAGCUUCGAAAUUAUAUGAAACAAUUGGAUCAUGGUUUACAAAGAUUUGUAAUGAUCCAACCCCUACCGAAAUUUCUAUUGAAUUUGAUAAAGCAGAAGGAAUAAAAUUUUCCAAACUCGAAAAAUAUGCAUUCCAAAAACAAAAAAUUCAUAACGAAGCGAUUUACACAA